CCGGAGAAUGGCGAUGGUCGGAAUAUGUUGUUAGUGCGAGUGUCGUCCUUCGUCAGACAUAGCAGACGUGAAUUACGGGGAUUUAUAACAGACAUGGAAUAUUAGAUAAACAAACAAACAACAACAAUGGCUUCGGAUAAUCGAAACCAAGACAAAGUCAAGCUACGUGAGGGGAAGGAGAAACGACAGAUCAGUAAGCUGAAGAAGUUAAAGAGGAGGAUAUCUGCCAGCUUUGGCCGAUUAUCUCUCUCCAAGGAAGACACAAUACAGGAGAGCGAUCAGGAGUCUGAUCCCGGGUUUCAAGGAACGAACGGUUAUUCCACCUUGGAUACGUCUCCGCCAAACCUCGCUCUCCAGAGGUGUAGUUACAGGGAUGACUGUACGGGCCCUAACGGCAUCAACCCCGCCAACCGACACACGGGGGGAUAUCACACCUUAGGACGCCCAGCGGUGGUACCUCGAAGCUCAGCCAAGAAGCAUGCCCCAGUGAAGCGACACCAUUCGGCAGGGGACAUGUUAGAUGGACUAGAGAUUGAGGCAGGAGCGGACGGACACAAACACGAGAGGCCUCGCUCCGAGGGCCACAAAUACAUGAACCAGUUCUCACCCAAAAGAACCUCCAGCUAUGGGGGUAACUCUCCGUUUGGACGGGCAGAUUCCUACCAAAAGCUGGAGCAGCUAGGGGAGGGGUCGUAUGCAACAGUAUUCAAAGGAUUUAGUUCAUUAACCAAUCAAGUGAUAGCUUUGAAAGAAAUCCGCCUACAGCAGGAAGAGGGAGCUCCUUUUACUGCAAUACGAGAAGCCUCCCUCCUGCGGGGAUUGAAGCACGCCAACAUAGUGACGCUACAUGACAUCAUUCAUACCAAGGAGACCCUGACCUUUGUAUUUGAAUAUGUACAUACAGAUCUUAGUCAGUACUUAGAGAAGCAUCCAGGUGGUCUAAACGCAUUCAACAUUAAGUUAUUUUUAUUCCAAUUGCUCAGAGGUUUGAACUACUGUCAUCAGCGCCGGAUUCUACACAGGGACUUAAAACCUCAGAAUCUGCUGAUAAGUGAGGCGGGGGAGCUCAAACUGGCCGACUUUGGUCUAGCUCGAGCCAAGUCGAUCCCGAGCCACACUUACUCUCAUGAGGUGGUGACUUUGUGGUACCGGCCACCCGACGUCCUCCUAGGGUCCACCAACUACUCCACCUCCCUCGACAUGUGGGGUGUAGGCUGUAUUUUCACAGAAAUGAUCUCGGGCAGUGCAACAUUUCCAGGAAUGAAAGAUGCAUAUGAUCAACUGGACAAAAUAUUUAGGGUGCUGGGAACCCCAACAGAAAACACUUGGGAGGGAGUGUCUAAAUACCCUCAGUAUAAAAUAAAAAAAUUUGUCAUGUACCCAAAGUUAUCCUCAUUAAGUGAAGCAAUUCCCAAACUAGUUUUCAUCCCCCAUGCUGAGAGCCUCGCUGUGCAAUUCCUACAGAUGAUUCCUUCCAGGCGAGUGUACGCUCACCAGGCCCUGCAUCAUGAGUACUUCGGAGACCUUCCUCCCAAGCUGUUUGAACUCCCUGAUGCUGCCUCUAUUUUUAACAUUCCUGGCCUCAAGUUGUUACCAGAAAUGGACGAGCUGAUUAACCAGUCCCUGACCCCUGCCAAACCUCACGAGAGGACCCGAAUACGCACCACCCUCAAAGUUUAGUCCUGACCCCAAGGGGGCUCUAGUAGUACUGUGCCAAGUUUUCCUUCACCUGUUGUUGAUCCUAUUCUCCACGCCAGUUCAUGUUUUGUCUCCAUAAUCCGCCAGACUGAUGCUCCUUUGUGGAAGGGCCACUCACUGUCUGAUGUCCACUGUGUCACCACAGAGUCCGUACUUCACCGCGAUCCAAACAUUUCUGCUCACAACCUCCAACUAUUUGUCAGUGGCGUAGUUCAGAUUCUAGUAGAAUUUCAUUCACCUCAGCAUUUUUUUUGCCAAAAUCCGAACAAAAUAUUGUCUUCAAAGGACAGAUUGUCUUUCUUUUUAUUUACCGGAGAUCUGAGAGAGUGAGAGUGCAUUUUGAUAUGUGAUGUGUAGUGCGUGAUAAGAGUUUGAUGAUUUGUAUGAGAUGUAAGUGAGAUGUUAAUCAGAUGUCAGUGAGAUUUCAAUGAGAUGUCAAUGAGAUGUCAAUGAGAUAUCAGUGAGACUUCAUUGAGCUUUCAAUGAGAUAUCAGUGAGAUUUCAAUGAGAUAUCAGUGAGACUUCAUUGAGAUUUCAAUGAGAUAUCAGUGAGAUUUCAAUGAGAUGUCAAUGCCCUUGCUUUGUAUUAUGGUUUUACCUUGCAGAAGAUUUUUUAUGAUUGUAUUUGUAUAAAUAUGUUGAUUUGGAUCUUUAGUCCAGUGUGUUCUAGUCUCCUUACUUGAUAGUAUUGAAACAUUUCAACUUACCUGCUUGUGAUCAAAAUGGGGCAGAUCUGUACACAUUUAAUGUACAUUACAGCAGUGCAUAAAAAGCAAAAGACAUUAAUUACAUUAGUCAUCACUGCUGUACAACUAGGCUGAUGAAAAGCUCAAAGAUGCAUGUUGAACAUGCGUUAAUGAAGUAUAUUUAAUAUAAGAAGGAAUUCUGCCACUGAUAUAAAAAGGUAUUAAUGGCAUUGAACAUGUAUUUGAUUCACUCUAGUCAACCAGCACACAAUUAUAUUUAUAUGUUAAUUACAUGCUAUUAUUUCACUCUGUUGUGUCAGUCAAAACAUUUUUUAUUGUGCUGUAAUAAAAAUAUCAACAAUGGGACCAACUUUAACUAAAGUUCAUAAACAUGUACAUCUGUUUUUUGGAAACAAAUUACUACCAUGAGUUUAUUAAAUAGAUUGUUAACAAAUCUUCUGAUGUAUUACUUUAAAGUUUUAAUAAAUACAAGUCUUAAAUUGAACAAAAAUGAAAAUUGAAUGAUGAGUUAUUGUACAGAUUUAAUUGGGGGGUUUAACGAUCAUUUGCAAAUAUUAUCUGUUUUUAAUCUUGCAUACAUAUACUUAUUUUUAAUGAUCUGCAUGGACAGGAAAAUUUUUUUAUUGAUCCAAGCAUCAGUUGAAUUCUGUACAACAUGUGAUAACUGAUCACUGCUUACUUGUAUGAAGACUCUCUGCCAGCUGCCUGUUUAUCUUUGCUUUGAAGUUUGGGAUUGCUGUUUAAUUUUUGUGUCUUUGCUUUUUCCCUCUGCUUUAUCAAAUAAUCCUUGGCAAAAGAAGCUCAGCCAUAAUUUUAGUGGAGAGGUUUUACCGAAUUGUGAUUUAUAUAUGUACGUAAUUGUGAUAGCAAAUUGUGUGGCUGAUUUUGUACGAGUGUGAGUGCUAGAAAAAGUGACUGAUAAAAGUCUGUUGUACAUAAAAUAAAAAUCCAUUUUUAUUACGGACGACCAUCUCCUUCCUUCAACUACAUUUUUAUAGUACUGUAUUAGAGUUAUCGUUCUUGGUCUAGAAAACUGUUCCAGAUGAAGUUUAGAUGUAAUAUCGUAAAAUCGUUCUAUCAUUAUUUUGUCAUGUAAAACAUUUAGAAAGUUUGAUUGUCCUUUGCUGAAUCUCACUUAAAGCCAAACACAAACUAUCAUCUGCCAUUACAUGUAGUUGCUUUUGUGAAGGAGAAAAGGUUGCAAGUGCAAACCGAAUUUUAUACAAAUCUCAAUAAAAAGGUUGAUGUCA